CAGAACAGUUUGAAUUUUAUUCUGAAUUUGGAAUUAUUUAUUUUGAAAUUAGAAUUUUGGUUUGUUUACAAAAUUGCAAAUUUUGAUCUUUUCGUGAUAAUUCAAUUAGAGAAAUCUUUUAAUAACAAAACCUUACAGUUUGUAUGAAAGAAAGUACAAAAAAGUUUAAUUUAAACCUAAAAAUUUCUUCAUUACUAAAAGUUUCAUAAAACAAAAUGAUAACAUUUCGUCGAUUUUAUCAUGUUUCUACUACUUUGUAUUCUUUUAAAAAACUAGGAAUUAAAUUGUCUAAAAUGGUUAAUCCCAAAAAUAAGAAACAAUAUUAUCCAUUACUUCCAAUGGAAAGUAGCAUUAUGCCAAGCAUAAAAAGUUUAACAAAGACUCAAAGGGAACCUGGCAAACAAGGAGUACGCAGGGUGGCCAUGCUAAACAAAAUAUUUAUGAAACAAAUUACUGACAUUAUGUCGACAGGCACAGUUUCAAUGGAUAUUGUUGGACGUGGUAUUGAAAUAUCUAAAGUACAAAUUACACCUGAUUUGCAAACUGUUAAUGUUUAUUGGGUGUGCAAAGGCGAUUCCACAGAUGAUGAGACAGAGUCCACAUUAAAGAAAAUUGCAGGUGUUUUGCGACAUGAACUCUCUACCCUCAGAGUCAUGGGGGAAGUGCCAUAUAUAGUAUUUGUUAAAGAUAAACAGGAAGCGCUGAUCACAGAUCUAGAUCGUCGAUUAGCGAUAGCUGACUACGGGGAGGACUAUCAAACUACAGAACUAGGACAUUUAUUGAAAACAGAGUUCACGCUUGAUACAAAAUUAUCUCCUGAAAUGAAGGCGAAAAUAAAACAAUUAGAAGACGAAUCGCCAUUAUCACAGGAGCCUAUACCGGAAAUGACCCAUAACGUUUAUGGAUUAGACCACGCGAAGAUUAUGAGUCGGUUGUUGGCAACGCGGAAGAGAAGUAAAGAUGCUUGGAGCAAUUUAGAUUCUGAUAAUGCAAUUAUAUCUUAUAGAACGUCCGAAUAUAAACCAUCUGAGCUGGACACAGAUCAGCAGAGGCAACAGCUGGCUGAUUUCUUACAAAAAAGAAAGAUUGAACAAAACAAGCUUCAUAAACAGUUGCGUAAAUCAGAGGCCUGGCAGCUCUCAGAUGUACAAGGUGAUGAUGAUGACGAGGACGCAUACGAAGAGUUCGAAGACGAAGAUGAUUAUUACAAUGACGCCGAAGAUAUAUAUAACGACAGUAGUAUCCCGCCAGAAAAGAACACUCACACUAGCGUAUAAUUGUUUAUUAGUAUAUUAAUAAAUUCUAUUUUCAUGUUUAAAUAA